CUUUCACUAGCAAGAAAUCCUUUAAUACAGAGUGAUGAUAUUGCAUAUUGAAGACACAUGAUUUAUUCUACCAUAUUUUGCACAAGUCUGCCCCCCUGUGUUUUUCUUUUCCAUUACCGGACUAAAUAUCUUUAUGUCGUUAAAGUUUGCUAAAGUUUGGGGUAAAGUUAAAUCUUCUUUAAAAUAUAUCUUUCAGUCUUUCUGAUUUCUUAACUUUUAGGUAUGGGCUGCAAUGACUAAUUGUUUAUAUUGUUCCUCUGGUGUUACCAUAUCUACCAUUAUCUGUGUAAACACAAAAAUAGUUUCUCUCUUUCUCUCUCUCUCUCUCUCUCUCUCUCUCGCUCUCUCUCUCUCUCAAGUCAUACUUCCAAGAAGUGUGUUUAUGGAGUGCAUCGCUACAAGAAAGCUGGUCUGAUUCCCGGCUCUCUCGCAGGAGAAACAAAGCACUGACUGCUUCGUCUGAUCGGCAUGGAUGUCUCAGAGGAGGACGACUACUUCUACCCUGAAAACAUCAGCUUCAACUUCAGCUACGAUGAAUACCCAUUCCUCUGCGAGAAGGGCGACGUGCGCUCCUUCGCGGCCGUCUUCCUGCCCAUCAUGUAUACUGUGUGUCUGGUGGUGGGACUGGCAGGAAACAGCUUAGUCGUGGCGAUCUACGCAUACCACAAACGCCUCAAAACCAUGACGGACACCUUCCUGACCAACCUGGCCGUGGCUGACCUGCUCCUGCUCUCCACGCUGCCUUUCUGGGCUGCUGAUGCGGCGAGGGGCUGGGAGUUGGGCGCGGUCGUCUGUAAGAUGGUGUCUGCCUGCUACUCGGUCAACUUCACCUGCUGCAUGCUGCUGCUGGCCUGCAUCAGCCUGGAUCGUUACCUGGCGUUGGCCAGGGCGCAAGGUGAAGACCAAAGUCGGUGGCUGCAGAGGAUAAUCACCAGGAGACACUGCUGGAAGAUAUGUUCAGCUGUCUGGGCGGCAGCUUUCGUCCUUGGUGUACCCAAUUUAUUUAUCUCGGAAGUGAGAUGGUUAUCUAAUAGGAGUGUAUGUCUGGCUAUCUACCCUCCAUCAAUGGCUCGUGGGGGGAAAGCUGCUCUGGAGAUAGCAGAGGUGCUGCUGGGAUUCCUCCUCCCGCUCCUGGUCAUGGUGAUCUGUUACUGGAGUGUGGGCCGGGCCCUGAAGGGCCUCCCUGUGGAGAGCAGAGGCAAGAGGUGGAGAGCUCUUAGUGUCCUCCUGACCGUCGUGGGGGUGUUCGUGGUCACUCAGCUGCCCUAUAACGUGUUGAAGGUCUACAGAGCGAUGGACUCCGUCUAUGCCUUAGUGACCCACUGUGGGACGAGCAAAGUGUUGGAUCAGGCGACUCAGGUGACGGAGAGCUUGGCCCUCACUCACUGCUGCCUCAAUCCGAUCCUCUACGCCUUCGUGGGGUCGUCCUUCAGGCAGCACAUGAUGAAAGUGGCCAAACGUUUUGGCGAGAAGAGAAGAAAGAGGAGGGAAAAUCCAGCAGAGGACGAAGAGAUGGAGAUGUCAUUUAACUCCCACAAUGCAUCCAAGAGACAAACACUUUUUUCAAUAUGAGCCAAUACCAGUAAAAAUCCCAUAUUUAGUAAAGCACUGAGAGCAGUAAAAGCAUGGGAGGAAAUCAUUAAGAUGUACAAAAAUCCACCAGACGAUACUUUAACACUUCAAUUCCUUGAAAACAGGAGUGUUGUUGUAUUUUGGUACAGAAAUGCAUGUUUCUAUUGUAUGAAUUCAAAAGGAUUUAGAUUUAUGUUUUGAGUGAUGUUUUGUCCCUGUCCAGAGAAAACAAUGUUUCAUUUCAAGUGUAUUUUCAUAGUUGGCAUUACAAGGACCUCCUACUAUUUUGACUAAAACUGGUUCUACAGAAUCAAAUACGCACUUGCACUGGUGGUGUUGCUUUGUACCUAAUCCAUUGGGAUUAAACAUCCCAUCAUGUGGGAGUAAGCCAAGAUCAGUUUUCCUGACACUAUGCUUCACAAGUUUAUCUCUGCAGCCAAGUAUACGAAACAUACUGAAAAACAACUUUGAGUAACCUUUCUGUGAUUUUCUUCAAAGUCGCUGAUAAGAUGAUUCAACCCCUUAAGAUCACUUUAAGAGGAUAGAGAGGAAUAACUUGUACACAACCAAACAUUUAGUCACAUGCUUGUGAAAAGUACAAUAUUAACUCCACACCACAAGUCCAUGUUAUUUUGCCUUCCCUUUCAAAAUGUGUACAACAUCCCUCUGUUCUGUUUCAUCUCAAAUUCUGGCACAUCCACUACUCGGUGCUUGGAUGUGACCCAAGUCACCUGGUGAUAUAACAAUCUGUCUGUGGUCUGCAUGAGAGCAUGUAGAUGCUGAACAGAAGAGACCCGAGAAUGGAGUCUUAGGGAACUCUGUCAUUUAUAUAUGUCUAAUGUGUAAUUGUAGUUUGUCGUCUAAUAGCUGAAGAUAAUUCUUCAUUUGUUUGAGUUUCGUCUAUUUGGGCGAAUUAUCUUAAUUUACAGUGCAUUGAGCUCUCAGGGACACCGUACUCUGUACGUUAAAUAGAAUUCAAACCAGUACAGCACAGUUCCAGAAAGUUCAUCCCAGUUGAUAAUAAUAGAGACUGAAACUUUUCUACUGUGUUUAGGUGGAUGCCAUUCAAGUUAUUAAGAGCAGUCUCUGUGCUGUGGUCUUGACUGGAAAAUAUCGAAACAAUUGUUAAUGACCAAGACUGUGAUUAACUGUUGAAAACCAGCCUUUUCAAUGAUUUCCCUCUGGGAGGUUUGAUAUCCGCCUGUAUUGUUAAUGAGUGAAUUGUUUAGAUCAUUUUGAGUGUGGCUUAAUAACAGUCUGUGGGAAAUAGCCUCAUGUGUUUACUAUUGGCAGAGGAUCUGAUGACCCAUUUCUAAAAAGCAUGUAGGUAAGAUUGUUAAUGCAAGCAGCAGCAUGAGGAUUUCAGUUAUUGCACAAUUUCCCAAAAGUUGUUGUAACUGAUGCAAUUUUGCCAAUAAACAAGGAGGGAAAUGACAGUUGA